GUACUAUUUACCAAAGUUCCAAUCUUUUUCCUUUUCUUUCUUCUCCCUUUCAUCAACCAAUGACUACUAAAUUCCGCAAAGGAAUUCACUAAUGCAGAAAGCAGAGUAUUGAGUGGCUGCUGCUUUCUUCUUCACCCUUUUUAAUCCUCUCUCAUUCUUAUAAUCCAAGAAAAGACAAAGAAACCGUUCCUUCAUUCGCUUCAGUUAAUUCUUCCCUUUUAUUCCCCCCAGACGUUCACUUUCAAAGAUCCCAACUUUCUUGAUUUUGAGAGAUCAAGAUUUCAAGACAAAUCUUCUAAAAAAACAUAAAAAUGGGGCAGACAAGAAAAGGGUUCGUCAGAUUUUAUGUCCUGGUGUUGUUAGCUUUGCUCCAUUUUGUGGCGGUUUUGGAGGGUACAAGCGUGGGAGUGAACUGGGGAACCAUGGCAACUCACCAACUGCCACCGGAGAGUGUGGUUAAGAUGAUUUUGGAUAAUGGGUUCCAGAAAGUGAAGCUUUUCGAAGCGGAUGAAAAGAUUUUGGGAGCUUUGAUGGGGACUAAUAUUGAAGUAAUGCUUGGAAUUCCCAAUUACAUGUUGAAAGAUAUCAGUCAGGAUCCUGCGGUUGCUGCUGCUUGGGUUGAUGCCAACAUCACCAGUUAUUUCUACAGUGGAGGGGUUAAUAUGAGAUAUGUUGCUGUUGGAAAUGAGCCAUUCUUGAAGAGCUACAAUAAUUCCUUUCUCCCAUACACAUUGCCUGCUCUGAAAAAUGUUCAAGAGGCAAUCAACCGUGCUGGACUUGGAGCAGAUGUGAAAGCAACGAUUCCUUUCAAUGCCGACAUUUACAACUCCCCAGAAUCAAAUCCAGUCCCUUCUGCUGGUGAUUUUAGGCCUGAAUUACGAGACCUCACUAUCCAGAUUGUCCAAUAUCUGCAUUCCAAUGGCGCCCCUUUUGUGGUGAAUAUUUAUCCGUUCCUCAGUCUCUAUGGUAACAGAUACUUUCCAAUGGAAUACGCCUUUUUCGAUGGAACAAGCAAUCCUAUCAGGGAUGGUGACUAUGUUUACACUAAUGUGUUCGACGCGAAUUUUGAUACACUGGUUGCAGCAUUAAAAAGGGCUGGAUAUCCCGAGAUGAAGAUUGUUAUUGGAGAAAUCGGGUGGCCAACGGAUGGCGACAAGGAUGCCAAUAUUGAAAAAGCAAGGAAGUUUAAUCAGGGCCUGGUUCAACAUGCUAUCAGUGGUGUUGGAACCCCUGCCAGGAAAGGUGUUUUAGACGUGUACCUGUUCAGCCUUAUAGAUGAGGAUGCUAAAAGCAUCGAACCGGGUAGCUUUGAAAGGCAUUGGGGAAUUUUUGAGUUUGAUGGGAAGCCAAAAUAUGAACUGGACUUAUUAGGAUUCCAGGAAAACAAAGGCCUAGUUCCUGUACAAGGGGUAAAAUAUAUGCUCAGAAGAUGGUGUAUUCUGGAUCCUAAGGUUGAAGAUUUGGAAGAUUUACCCAAAAAUGUGGAUUAUGCAUGCAGCCGUUCUGAUUGUACUGCUUUGGGAUAUGGAUCUUCCUGCAACCAUUUAACUAGUCAGGGCAAUGCUUCUUAUGCUUUCAACAUGUAUUAUCAGUUGAAAGAUCAGAAUGAUUGGGACUGUGAUUUCUCAGGCCUGGCUAUCAUCACAGAUGAAGAUCCUUCAGAUGAUCUGUGUCAUUUCCCGGUGAUGAUUGCUUAUGGUCAUUCGAUGCUGUUGCUUCGCAAGACACUACUAAACAUCAUCGUGGCGAUUCUUGAAGGAUGUGUGGUGUUUUUGCUUCUUAUCUCCUAGUUCUUCUGAUCAGUGAUGAUCAGUGAGUAAGAGAGAGUCCUGCUGGUUCUCUUCUUCCUGGAAAAACAAGAAAAAAGACCAUACCAAUGGGAAAAUUUUGUGGCAGAUUCACUUUGGAUUAGAAUGUAAACAGACUUGUAGUUGUAUCAUAAUCUUAGCAUAAUCACCGGUUUUUCACAUUUGGAGUGAUGGAUUCUGUCUCUUGUUCAUUACUCACUACACUGUAAAUUCAACUAUGCUUAACUAUAGAAGUCACGCAGAACUAGAAUGAACUGAAGAAGAUAGUUUGUGCAUAUCAUUUCUCUUUAAACAAUGGAAACAAUGGAG